AAAUGAAGUAGUAGUCGUAUUAAGAGUCGACAAAGAAAAGGGUUAUAUUGACUUGUCAAAGCGUCGAGUUUCGCCCGAGGAUGUCGCGAAAGCUGAAGAGAAAUUUAAUAAAACGGCCCUUAGAGCUGGUGAAGCGUGUGAGGCCGACGAUAUGUCAAUUAAGGUCAAACUAGUUGCCCCACCAUUAUAUGUCAUGAUCACCAAUGCAUUGGAUAAAACUUUAGGAAUUGAGAUGCUAGAAAAAGCCAUUUCUACAAUACAAGAUGCUAUCGAGAAAUCUGGCGGAAAUCUGGCAGUUAAAAUGAAGCUUGGAACUAUGUAUCCAUAUAUUCAAAAGGCGCAAGAUUUGAAUUGGGGUAUCAUAGUGUUCAAUCCUAAUGAAAAUUUUAUAUCCGUAAUAAAAGAUGGAGAAGGUUGGGCACGAAGUGUGAUCUCAGAUUUUCAGACACGAUGGAGUGAUGCUAUUGAAACAACUAGGUUCCAAAUGCAAGGUCUUAUUAUGGGUGUCCGUGUCUUUCAGCUGACGGGAAAAACUGAUGAGACGGAUGGAAUGGAAAAAACUGAUGCAAUGGGGAAAACUGAUGAAAUGGAAAAAACUGAUGAAAUGGAAAAAACUGAUGAAAUGGAAAAAACUGAUGAAAUGGAAAAAACUGAUGCAAUGGGAAAAACUGAUGAAAUAGAAAAAAUGGAAGAAGCGAAAGAAAUGGGAAAAAGCGGAGAUAAAAAUGGACUGGAAGUAUAA